AUGGCGGAAUUGAACACUCUGGUGGUACGGAAGCCAUGUUUUGGCCUCCCAACUGGUUGCCCUCAGUGUCUCUCUGCCUACAUCUAUCUCAAAUUCGCUCAAAUUCCCUUCCACUUGGAUUUCCACCUCAAUAACCCACAUACUGAUCAAAUUCCUUACUUUGAGUAUGGUGACUGUGUGGUUUAUAACAACAAUAAAGAGGGGAUCGUUGAAUGCUUGAAGAAAGAUGUUGGGGUUGUCGAUUUGGACAAUGGGGUUUCUACACUCCCUGAGUGGAUUUCAACCAAAGCAAUUCUCACCACUUGGCUUGCUGAUGCACUUGCCUAUGAACUCUGGUUGGGGGGUGAAUGUUCUUCUGCUUAUAGCAUCUAUUACUCUGAUCUUCCGUGGCCAUUGGGGAAGAUUCUCUCUUGGAAUAAAGCUCAUUGGGUAAAGCUGAAGCAUGGGAUUACUAAUGACAAUGCUGAAGUAAAGAAAGGAGAGAUAUACGAGAGAGUAAACUCUGCAUAUGAUACCUUGUCAAGUUGCUUAGGCGAACAAAAUUACUUACUUGAAAACAGGCCAUCAAGCUUAGAUGCUAUUUUUCUUGCACAUGGAUUAGUUGUUCUUCAAGCUUUACCUGAAUCUUCAGUGCUGCGGAUCAAGUUUUCAGAGCAUGCCAAUUUAGUUAGGUAUGUGCAACAAUGUAAAACAGAAUUCAUAGAAGCUGCUCCAUCUCCUUCCUCUGUUCCACAAUUUCAUUCUGGUUCAUCAUCAUCUGCUUCCAGAAGUCAAUCAAGUUCAAAGCCGAAGAAUAAACCCAAGAGGGAGAAAACACAGGAGGAGAAAACCUUCAAAAGGAAAGCCAAAUAUUUUGUGGUAGCACAGUUGAUUGCAGUUGUUGUGUUCCUCACACUUGUGACUACCUUUGAUGAUGCUGAACUGGAGUUAGAUGAUGGUGGUUUUGAUUACGAUGAAUGA